CCUGCGACCGCAUCCCACAGUCUGAGCGGAGAAACACGGUUGCCAUGGCGAGAAACCUGAUCUUCUACUGCUGCAUCGUGGCCGUCGUUGCCGUUUCGGUGAAAGCUGAAGACAAGCUGGACAACCUGAACGUGGACGAGAUACUCAACAACGACCGCCUCUUGAAAUCCUACAUCCAGUGCGUCCUCGAUGCAGACGACGGAAAGUGCACUACAGAGGGCAAGGAGAUCAAAAGCAGAGUGCCAAAACUGGUGUCGACGGGGUGCAGCGACUGCACGCCUAGCCAGCUGGAGAGAGCUGUCAAGAUCCUGAAGCACAUCACAGAGAGGCACCCUGCAGAGUGGACCAAGCUGAAGGCCAAGUACGACCCCACGGGCGAGUACAGCAAGAAGUAUGCCGAGGCCUGGAAGGAGCGGGGCGUCAAUUUCUGAUCGCCGCACCAGAACGACUCAGCUCUCAGCUGUUACCCAGAAUUCAACAGUAGAUCCUGUCUCUUUCCAGGAACUUUCCCACUACCGUGAAUUCAUGUGGUAACUUCGUCCAAUUUUAUCACUGAACGGAAUUUCUAAAGCUACACUUGUUCACAAUAUUCCAGACAUUAUCAUAUGAAAUAAAAAUUAAUCGUUAAA